UCUGUCUCUCCACCUUCACUUCCUAAUUUUCCCAAUGCCAAACACACUCCUAUCUCUCUCUGUUUCUUUUUCUCUCUAAGCAUAUUGAGAAGCAACCAAAAAAAAAAAAAAAGUGCUUCAAAUUAUUACUAAAAAAGAACAGUCUUUUCAAAGUGGCCAUUGAUAAUCAAGAUUCCACAGUCCUUGAAAUCAAGCACAAGAACAGAAAAAUUAUGGGAGCUGGAGGACCUGAUGAAGAAGAAAAUAAUUGGCCACUAUGGUUGAAGCCAUUGCUUAAAGAAAGAUUUUUUGUUCAAUGCAAAUUACAUGCUGAUUCUCAUAAGAGUGAAUGCAAUAUGUAUUGCCUUGACUGUAUCAAUGGCCCUCUUUGCUCUCUUUGUUUAAACCAUCACAAAGAUCAUAUUGCCAUUCAGAUAAGGAGGUCAUCAUACCAUGAUGUGAUAAGGGUGAAUGAGAUUCAGAAGUAUUUGGACAUUUCUUCAGUCCAAACAUACAUUAUCAACAGUGCUAAGGUUGUCUUCUUGAAUGAGAGACCACAACCCAGGCCAGGCAAAGGUGUCACUAAUACAUGUCAAGUUUGUGAAAGGAGCCUUCUUGAUUCCUUCAAAUUCUGCUCUCUUGGUUGCAAGGUUAUUGGGACCUCGAAAAACUUUGUUAAGAAGCCGAGGCAGUUACCCGCGAAGAGGCGGCUGAUGGCGGUAGCAUCAGACUCCGAUGACUCGUACAGCAGUAGCCACGGCCGGUACCGAAGUGCCAUUAACAAGGUCCAAAGCUUUAUUCCAUCGACGCCCCCUCCAACUUCUGUUAAUUACAGAACGGCCAAGCGAAGAAAGGGAAUUCCACAUAGAGCCCCAAUGGGAGGACUACUCAUAGAAUAUUAAGUCUUACUAAUAUACACAAAAUAUACAGUGUUAGUUCUAAGAAUGCAGCUCUUCCAAUCACUCAAAACACUAGUGCUUUCUCCCAAGAAGGCCAGUGUUUGAUAGCUUUGUCUAUAAGAACAAUAAUGUGUAUAGUGUUGGCCAGAUGAAAAAUUGGAGGGGCGAAAGUUGAAAUAAGAAAAAAUGAAAGGACUGAAUGCGUUAAGUUGGAAUUAGAAAAUAAGCUUAUACUAUGUAGUUUGCUAAAAUAAUCAGAUAUAGUGGCUCUUGGCUUUUAGAGUGGUUACAUAA